ACUAGUGACACCCACACGCCCGUCUGCCUCAUGGCUCCACCCUCCCCCCCGAGAUCCAAUCCACUUCACGACUCUCAAUUUCACAAUCCAAAUUAGGAAAUAAAAAAAUACAAUCAACAUUCAACACACAUCUAAACUUCUGUUAUUCUUAUUAGAUGUAUUAUUUGUAGUACAAUCUAGUAGGUGGAUAAAUCUGGGAAUAUCAUAUCAGGAUAUACUACUUUGCUUGCUUGUAUAAUAACCCAAUAAAGCACCUCAGAAAAAUACACCAACCAACCAAAAACAAGCAAAGAAAUGCGGCAAAUAGUACAAAAAUCAGGCACUAGACCACCAUGGGUAGGUCUAGCAGCUGCAGUUUGGGUUGAAUUUGCUGCUGGAAACUCUUACAACUUCCCACUCUUUUCUAAUUCAUUGAAAUCUGUACUGGGUUUUACUCAACAGCAGAUUACAAUUCUUGGUGUUGCAAAUGACAUUGGUGAAAGUGUGGGUAUUUUGCCUGGCAUUGCCUGUAACAAGUUUCCACCUUGGGUUGUUUUGUUUAUUGGUGCUUUGGGUUGUUUCUUGGGUUAUGGUGUUCUUUGGCUUGCUGUUACUCAGACUGUGCUCAACUUGCCUUACUGGGUGUUGUGGCUUGCACUGGUUAUUGGGUCUAACAGCUGUGCAUGGUUCGGGACAGCUGUUCUUGUUACCAACAUGAGGAACUUCCCUCUGAGUAGGGGCACUGUUGCUGGUCUUCUGAAGGGCUAUGUUGGUCUUAGUGCUGCCAUAUAUACCGAGAUAUAUGGUAUGGUGCUUGAUAAAUCUGAUACAGCACUCCUCUUGUUUCUCACUUUAGGCCUCCCUAUCAUAUGCUUUUCCAUGAUGUACUUCAUCAGACCAUGUACCCCGGCAUCUGGAGAAGACUCUUCUGAGAAAAAACAUUUCAUAUUUACUCAAGGGGCUACUAUAUUUCUUGGAAUAUAUCUCCUCACAACCACAAUCAUUGCGGAUAAACUAUCUGUCCGGAGAGCUAUUUGCUAUGCGUUUGUUAUUGCAAUGGUUAUAUUCAUGAUGGCGCCUCUUGCAAUCCCAAUCAAGAUGACUUUAUUCCCUUCCAGCAAAAAACCUAGUGAACCUGUAGAUUCUUCAGACCAGUUGAUGUCAGGGGCCAACGAGUCGGAUCAAACAGAACCUUUGUUGGAAAAAUCUUCUUUAGACUAUCGUGGGAGUUUUCGAGACAGUGAAGAAGGUUCUGAUUUGGAGAUUCUUUUAGCUGUUGGAGAGGGUGCUGUAAAAGAGAAAAAGAGACCCCGCAGAGGCGAUGAUUUCAAGUUCCGUGAAGUAAUAGUCAAGGCUGAUUUUUGGCUUUUGUGGUUGGUGUACUUUCUAGGAGUUGGUACUGGAGUCACUGUUCUUAAUAAUUUGGCACAGAUCGGAUAUGCUCAAGCAGAGCGUGAUACAACCGUACUGUUGUCCCUAUUUUCUAUCUGCAAUUUUGUUGGACGCCUAGGUGGAGGUGCUGUUUCGGAAUAUUUUGUCAGAUUGACAACAAUUCCUAGGACCAUUUGGAUGACGGUUACUCAACUGAUUAUGGUCAUAGCUUUCUUAUUUUAUGCAUUUGCUGUUAGUGGUACCCUUCAUGUGGCGACUGCAUUGCUUGGAACCUGCUACGGUGUUCAGACUGCAAUAAUGAUUCCAACUGCCUCUGAGCUAUUUGGGCUUAAAAAUUUUGGUGUCAUUUACAACUUUAUACAGUUUGGCAAUCCCAUUGGUGCUCUUCUUUUCUCAGGAAUGCUUGCUGGUUAUAUAUAUGAUGCUGAGGCCAUCAAACAAGGAGUAUCUACCUGUAUAGGUGCUUCUUGCUUUAAGCUUACAUUCUUUGUUCUUGCUGGACUUUGUGGGUUGGGAUCAUUAUUAGGCAUACUACUCACAAUAAGAAUCAUACCUGUAUACAAAAUGCUCUAUGCUGGAGGUUCUUUCCGUUCACUUCCAAGAUCAGAUCAUUGACAACAGGGUUGCUGUAGGGAGAUCAGAUUUACUCCGAGCUAAAAGUGAUUGCGUACCCCUUUGUAUUAUUCAUAUGCUGUAUUUUGUGAGGUAAAUCUUGCACUUUGAUUCUGUUAGACUUCUGCUACACGGAAUUGAGGAUUUGUUUUCCCUGGGAUUUCUCGCUGAUAGUAGUACCUGUUUGUAUUCAAAUUCUCCGUCGAUGGUGUUAAAUAUUUGCCUUAGAGGCUUGUACGUGUAAGUUGUUAGUGUUAUGGCAAACGGAUGAGAUCUUAUGAUUAUUGUCCAAAUGAUAUUAUUACUAUUGUAAGAUACUCCAUUAAAAGAAGCAAAUGUCAAUGGUUGCUUGCAUGCUGUUCUGAUAAA